AUGGCGGCAGCGUUCCUCAUGGAGAUCAGGCGGGCGACGCAGAGCGCGCUGCUGGUUGUCCGCGCGGCGGCGGAGCUCCCCAGCGCGCCCGUGGAUGUGUCGGUGUGCGCGGAUUCCCUGGAAGUGAGGAGCGGCGGGAGCUGCGAUGCGGCGGCGCUGCCGGCAGGGGUCAGCGUGGCGCCGUCUUCGUGCCGCGGGCUCCGGCGCCUGCGCGGGGACGGGCUGCACCUGCGCGUGCGCCUGCGCCGCCCGCCCCCCGCCGCCGAUGUGGUUUUUACUUUGAGGGAAAGCCUGAAACCCAACAAGAAUUACAUCUUUUACUGUCAGUCCUGUGGUGACAUCGUAGUGAGCGACCGGAAAUUUCUCAGAGUUCUUCCUCUACCGAGUGAAAACUGGAGUGAUUUAGUUGAAGAGUGGUGUUGUCACCCUGACCCCUUUGCCAGAAGAACUUUGCACCCUCAGCAUGGUGACUGUUUUGUUGGAGACACUUUUCUUCUGUUGAAUUCAAGAAAUGAACCACAUGUGCCUGAAUCUCCCGUGUGCUGCUCAGAGGCUGCACACCAUGUUUCACAGAGUGACUCCAACUUGAAGUCAAAAGAAAAUACCAGAGUAAUUUGUAAGCGCUGCAAGACAAUGCUGGGAGAAACAGUUUCAUCAGGUACCAUUAAAUAUUAUGUCACUGAGGUGGUUAUUCAAUCAGCUGAGGGAGGUUUCAGUCCAACACCAAGGUCUCAGUUUGUACAGAGCAUUGUUGCUCAGUGUCUUUUGGAAUUAUCCUCUGCAAAAAGCACAUUUAGAUUCACCAUAAAAGGAGAUAAUGGAAAAACCUAUAUUCUGAUCUGGCUUUUAAAUUCUGACACAUUGCUGGUAGAGUCUUUAGGAAGUUCCUCCUCCCACAGUGAUUUUACACUGUUUGGAGAUAUCCUUACACCUAGCUCUGGACCAGUGGGAUCCUGGAAUGCUCUCAAAGUCCUUUACCAGCCAUGCAUUCAAUGCAGAAAUAAGGAGCUUGCUGAUGCAUGGGAAGAUGAUAUGGGAGUUUAUCCUUUAAAGUUUCCAUCAGAAACAUGUUUGGAAUUAUUGUUGAUACUGGGUCUGAGUACCACAUCUCUGCCACCUUCACUUCGAUGCAUGAACUCUUUUCAGGUUGCCUUUUUGAAGAUGUGAAGAACGAAGAUACCUGUGUUGAAAACUGUUGUUAGAUUUAUUUUCAGGAGAAAAGUGUACAGAUAACUUCCAAUAGUGGGACUUUUAGAAGAAAAUCCCCUGGCCAUACAAAAGAAAAUGAGGUGGGGUGGGUUGGUGUGUUUUUCAUAUUUGAAUGUGUUUCAAAACCAAAGACUUGACUUUUGUAUCCAGUGCAUUCUUAGAUGUCAUUGGAAGAGUGACUUACCUGUCACUCCUGUGACAUCCAGCUGGGGUGACUAUUAUCAUGUCUUCACUGCUAAAAGGAAAUUCCCUGUGUAUCUUGUACUGCCUUUACCAGUUUUUGAUAGCAAUGUAUAUAUCCUUAGGAAAGUUCACAACUGGUAGCAAAUGUUUUAAAAUGUCAUGGAUACUAAUGUGAGUUCUUUACCUUCUUUUUCUGGUGAAGUUAAAAGUCCAGCUUUAAAAUAUAAAAUCUGGUUUUUUGUAAAACUUACAUGUUUAUCAUGUAUAUUGUUUCUGCAUUAAAGUUUGCCUCUCUGGUGAGAGUGAAGGAAGACAAUUUCUGCAUACAUCAUAUGAUGUAUGUUUUGAAGAAUCAAGGUUUUAUGGUUAUUUGGAACAAUAAUUAUUAUUAUUAUUAUUUCAAGGAAAGUUAACAUGCCCUUUACUCAUUAAAUGAUCCUAACAUAGGAAGUGAUCCUACAAAGUGUUGGACACCUUGAUUUUACACAUCCAAAGACCAGGAGCUGAGGCCUCACAACACCACUCUGGAUAUAAUUUCUCUGUUAUUAUUUUCAUUUUCAGUAUUGAAGGAAGAACAAAAUUAUUCUGACUUCUGUAUUCAGGGACUAAAUUAUCUAGCUCCAAGAUAUUUUGUCUAUGCACCAAUGUUGAGUCAUUUUAUGAAUAAAAUAUUUUUUCUAAAUUAGUUUGCCAUUUGUUCUGCCUAAUUUCUGUGACAGCUUCAGCUUCCCAUGAUGCCUUGAGAAGGCUGACCAAGAACAGAGGCUAGAGUUAAAGGAUAAAGUAGAUAUUUAUUAAAAGGCUUUGAUGGAUAUACCUUGGGCAGUAUAAGAGCUUGGCCAGGGCUACACCCAGGAUGAACCCAAAAUGGUCACCAGUCCAAAAAAAUGGAUGACCUGUCACGAGGUCUCACACUUUCGUAAGUUCUGGUCCAUUUGCAUAUUGGGGUUAAUUGUCCAAUUACACCUUCAGAUAAUGAAGUCCCAUCCUUCUUGUUUGCUCUCUUCAGAUCACAGUUGUUUAUGCUUUUGGGCCUGAAACUUGUAUAGAUUGUCCUUGGUCUCAAGCUAGAAAAGGAAUUGUUUUGUCCACCUACUCUGUGAAGAGAGCUUACUCACACUUAAUAUGAAGCUCAGAACUACACCCCUAGGCAGCACAGAGUCUGGAAAAAAUGAAUGCUAAAACUUAAGGCAUCAUUUCUCUUCUUUAGAGGCUUGACAAGGCCUUUACCUUGUCGAGUCUCUUUUUAAGUAUCUGCUAAUAAUAGGUACUUAGUAACAGAUAAGUAACAAUAGUAAACAACUAAAAAUAACAAACAUCUAAAAAUAAUUUAUAUCUAACAACAGGUAAAUACCUAAGUAUCUAAGUAUGACCGAGCAAUUUGCAGAAGGAAAUCAUUCAUACCACACCAAAGUAUUGCAUCUUUAAAAUAUUUUUCAGCCUAUGGUGCUGUGAUUUGUGGCUCCAAUGGUGGCUCCAACAUCCAUAUUUUGACAAUAGCUGAACUUUCUCGUAUUUCACACUCUGCACCCACUUUCCCCAGUAAAGAGGGGCAAGAACUUAGCGGGGGGACACGGCAGGGACAGCUGAUCUGAAUUGGCCAGGGGGAUAUCCUGUACCAUACAGCAUCAAACACAGCAGUGAAAGUGUGGUAGAGGAAGAAAGAGGGCGAGGGGUGUCUUCCAAGUUUGUGGCUGCUCAGAGAAUACGUGAGCAUUGGUCUGUUUGUGGGAGGUGAUGAGUUACUGCCUUUGCAUUGCUUGGUUCCAUUUCUGUUUGAU